GCAAGAUGGAAAAGGAAACCCGAAUCCUCCUGCGCCUGUUCUCUCCGAAUCCUCCUGCGCAGUGCUUCCGCCGCACCCCGCCGGUCUCCGCCGCCGCAACCCGCCGGUCUCUCCGACCCUCCAUAAUCUGACCUACUUACUGUUUCUGCGGAGCCGGAGCCGCUUCGUGCUCGUCGUCACCACCUGCCAUCGCGCCCCCGUCGGACUGAAGUGGAGCUGCUUCUUCAACUACUUAAGCAUUAGAAAUUCUGCGAUAGGAAAUCGAAGAUGGACGUGAUCUCCCAGCUACAAGAGCAAGUCAAUACGAUCGCAUCGAUCGCCUUCAAUACUUUCGGCACUCUUCAGAGGGAUGCGCCUUCCGUGCGGCUCUCCGCGAAUUAUCCCGAGCCGCCCCCGAAUGCCGCGGAGGACGCGUCCAGUUUCGCCGAGCAACCCAAGCUGAUGAGUGCUGCUCUCGUUAAAGCCGCCAAGCAGUUUGAUGCCUUAGUCGCUGGAAUUCCACUCCCCGAGGGAGGAGAAGAAGCUCAACUCAAAAGGAUUUCGGAGCUCCAGGCUGAGAAUGAUGCUGUAGGACAAGAACUUCAGAAGCAACUUGAAGCUGCCGAGAAGGAAUUAAAGCUGGUCCAGGAGCUAUUCCGCCAGGCAACAGAUAACUGCUUCAAUUUGAAGAAACCAGAUUAAGAAACGAGGACACCUCUCUUCUGUACCUUUCCGUUAAGUUUAUGCAGUAGAGACGAUGACUGAGAGAAAUAGGCAUUCUAAUGUUAGAAUAGCGUAAAGGGAUCCUGAGACGUCGCGAUUUUGUAUUGGCUGAGUUUUGAAGUCCUUGCCUAGUAAAAGUUUCUCAGUGCACAAGAAGCAUCAAUAUGGGCCUAAUGAAGUUGUUCUGGUCUGGUGAAGUAAAAAGUAUAGU